GGCCAUUUUAGGGUUUGCUGCUUGCUGGCUAUCUGCACGUACACAAGUUUGCAGGGAUCACGCAAGCAUUUUGUAGGAUGCUCGAUGAAUCAUUCAAAUGUCCUGCAUGCGCAAGGAGCUGCUGACAUUGAAGGCGAGCACUCGAAAGUGCAAAAGUGGUUCCAACUGAGGCAGGCGGGCAGGACACAGCUCGCUCUGUCCUCGUCUGCUUUUGCUGCUAAGCUGCUUGCAUUGGCGCGCGCCACUCGCAUGCCCCCAUGGAGUCGUUCUUUCAGAACACGCUGACGGACCUGGUGAAGGCGCUGCGCAGCACCAGCCUGGGGGAGGCGGCCUUCCUGGAGGCUGCGCUGGCGGACUGCAAGAGGGAGAUACGGUCCACUGACCCCCACAUCAAAGCAACUGCGCUGCAGAAAGUCACAUACAUUGCAAUGCUGCAGGGCAGUGGCAUGGAGUGGGCAUCGUUCCACUGCCUGGAGGUGAUGAGCCAGGCGCGCUUCUGGCACAAGCAGGCGGGCUACCUCGCACUCUGCCACUCAUUCACAGGUCACUCCGACCUCCUGCUCCUCGCCACAAACCUCUUCAAAAAGGACCUCGCUUCGCAAAACGAGUACGAGGCUGCUCAGGCCCUGAACGCUCUCUCGCGCGUGCUGACCCCCUCCCUGGCGCGCGACCUCCUCCCCGACGUGUGCCGUGCUCUGCUGUCCGGCCGCCUGGCUGUGCGCAAGCGCGCCGUCCUGGUGCUGCACCACUUCUUCCGCGCAGACCCUGACACUGCGCCCCACUCCGCCUUCAAGGCCCUGGUGGACAGCCUCAAUGACAGUGAGACGUCGGUGGUGUGCUGCGCCGUGAACGUGCUGUGUGAGCUGGUGUGCUCCAGCUCUGCCCCGUCUGCGUACCUGCCCCUGGCCCCGCCCCUCUUCGCCCUGCUCACGCGCAGUAGCCACACCUGGCUCGUCAUCAAGCUGGUCAAGCUGUUUGCCGUGCUGGCGCCCCUGGAGCCGCGCCUCGCCGCGCGCCUGGCGGCCCCCCUUACGGCCAUCCUGGAGCGGACUCCCGCCAAGAGCCUGGCAUACGAGUGCGUGCGCACCGCGACCGCCAGCCUGCCGCACCACCCCGAGGUCAUGGCCCUGUGCGGAGACAAGCUGCGCGAAUUUAUCCAGGACGAGGACGCCAACCUGCGCUACCUCGGGCUGCUGGCGCUGGAGCGGCUGCUCCCCGGGCAGGCCGCUGUGGUGGCCCCGCACCACGGCACCGCUCUGGCGUGCCUCAGCGACGCGGACCCCACGAUCCAGGCGGUGGCGCUGCGCCUGGUGCGCGCGCUGGUGGCCACCCCCGACGACGCCGCGCUCGUGAGCGAGGCCCUGCUGCGCCUGGUGCGGGGCGGCGCGGUGGAGCCGGACUUCCAGUUCCAGCUCAUGGCGGCGCUGCUGGACCUGAAUUCGCGUGACCACUACGCUCUUGUGGCGGACUUCGCAUGGUAUGUGAGCGUGCUUGUGGAGCUGGCGGCGGUGCCCGGCUCGCCCCACGGCGGCGCAGUGGCGGCGCAGCUGGAAGACCUCGCGCUGCGGGUGCCCGACUGCCGCCCCGACCUCGUGCACCAUGCCCGGGACUUACUCCUGGCCCCGUCGCUGCUUCGGGGCGGCCCCGCCCACCCCACAGUGAGCGCCGCUCUGGGCGCUGCAGCGUGGAUCACGGGCGAGUACGCUGAGCACGUACGGGACCCGCGGGGCGUGCUGGAGGCCCUGCUGCAGCCCAACGUGACGGCGCUGCCCGCGGGCGUGCAGGCCGUGAUUGUGCAGGCUAUUCUCAAGCUGUUGCUGCACGCUCGAGCGGCCUCGUCUGGGGGCGCAGCAUCAGCCGCUGCCAACGCUGCGCCCACCGUGGUAUGGGCCCCUCUGCCCUCCACGUCUGCCCUCCGCGCAAUUCCACCCGAGCAGGAAGACGCGGCCGGCAACCCAGCGGAGGGGGGCGGGACACCAGACGAGCUGUCCGGCGCGGAGGAGGCGCUUCCGACAUCCAGCAACCAGGCCGAUCGCGCCGGACCUGCUGCAGCUCCCCAAUUGACGGGGCAGGAUGGUUCAUCAGACGUGGGUUGUCCAGACCGCCGGGGGACUCCAGAGUCUAGCGAGCCGCACGUCGGGGAGGCCCCUCCCAGCUUGGCCGGCUCCCUGGAGCAACUGGUACGCGCCCACUUGGGCCCGCUGCUGGAGAGCGGCCACAGCGCCGUGCAGGAGCGCGCGGGCAAUGUGGCAGCGCUGCUGUAUUUGGCGGCCACGCCUACAGCGCGUGGGGCGCUGCACCGGCUGGCGGCGGCGCAGAAGGAGGAGCUGCGGCCGGUGGCGCCGCACGCGCAGGCCAUGGUGGAGGUUCCACCGGGGCUCCCCCUCGACACGUCGCUAGCUGGGCUCGCGGGGCUGCGUGCCGAGUACGGCAUGCCGGGGCCGCCCGAGUGGGGGCCCGAGGCACGCGCGCGGGAGGACGCCGCUGCGGAGAGGCCGCAGACUGUGGACGAGGGCCAAGCCUCGGAGGACGCGAGAGCUGCUCGCGCGGCGCACCGACAGCGGCACGGGCAGCAUUAUUUGGCCAACGACGAGCGGGCGCCGGAGCAGGAUACCGGGCAAGAAAAGGCGGCGGGAGCUACGCAGCAAGCCCCUGCCCCGGCCCCGAAGCGCAAGCCUGCGCGGGCCAUCGUGAAGCUGGACGAGGACCUCCCGCCGGGGGUGGUGCGGUGGAGGUCCGGGGAAGGGCUGCCGUCAGCGGGAAGCCUCAAGGGGGGCGUGCUGGACCAGAGCGUGGCCAGCCUGCUGGCAGGGAAGCACGGGAGCGCGGGGGAAGAAGUACAGCAGGAAAAGAGGAGUCGAAGUCACAGGAGCAAGCACAGGGGUAGCCAGCGGGGGCCAGGCUCGGGGGGCACGGAGCUUGGAUCGGAGCAGUUGGGGAAGGAGCGGACAGGAGGGAGGCGCCAGCACAAGCAUCACUCGCGGCGGUCAGCACCAGCCAACGCACAGGAAAAGGAGGGGCCUUCAUUGGCAAGCGGAACGGGUCACGACCUGCCCCCUCUCAUAUCCUUCGAACACCUCAGUAGACCUGUAACCUGAUACUGUUUUUCUUUGCACAUUGAGUCAUGCCUAGCCAAGACCUGUCCUGUCUGCAUUAUGCUUUUGGACGUAAAUGUGCACCAUGGGACCCAGGGACGAGCCCGAGUUUCUCGGUGUUGGAUCCUUUUCCUCUUGAAUUGAGAGCCUCGAUUCUUG